UAUGAUCUACAAAUAAACCUAGCUGGUUAUAAUCUAUCUAGAAAAACAUUAAUGAAUAUAUAUCGAGCAAUAGGUCAUAACGUAAUGGUAUUGAAAUCACCUUCAAUUUCAAAGAUACUGAAAUCAAAUCUCACCCAUUUCAAGAGGAAUUCACAAAUUCUCUACUACUUGUAAGUGACGCCAGCUUAAAAUAUAUAGAUCCCUUCGUGUAAGGUUAUAUAAGUAGUGAUAUAUUAGAGUCAAUACACAAUGUCAAAACUCGACAAUUAUUGUAAUUUCACAAGAGGAUAUUUAAUUAGAUUAAAUUUGAUACUUGUUAAAUAAUUAGAAAUCGUAUGACAAAUUUCAUAUUUAGAAUUAUCUGCGAUAGGGGCAAAAAAGAAAAAUAAAAUCCCCAAAAAAAAGAUAGAGCAAAAAAUGUUUUUUUUUUUUAAAGAAGGCUAUUAUAAAAACAUAAGUACGGAUAAAAAAAAUAAAAACAUAGAAAAAACAAAGCUCCAAAUAAAAGCCCCCAAAAAAAAGAGCAAAAAACGAAAGAAAAAUAGACAUGGCACUUCCCUGAACUCUGAAGCAUCAAUGUCUGUGAACGAAAGUUGCAAAUAUUUAAUCUUUCUUAUGCUCAACUUCAGUAAUCGUUAAACUACACAUAAUUACCAUGAUAAUCUUACAAUCACAUCAUACGGACAAAAAUGUUGAAGAACAAAUUUCAUUCAACCUUGAUUUCCCGCCAAAUAACUUCAUUUUUUCGUCUCAAAAGAAUUCAUCUUGUUCGUUUCAAAUGCACCCAACAACAACAUCAUCAUCAUCAAUCUCCUUCGUUUUACUCUUCAAUUCUGAAAUCGACAAAAAAUCCCACAACUCUUCUUCAAUUACACGCUCAAAUUGUCACUUCUGGUUCUGCUACCAACAAUGUUUUUCUCUCCAACAAUUUGAUGAAUGCUUAUGUUUCCAAUGGUCUAAUUUCACAUACCCAGAACUUUUUUAACACAAUCCCAGAAAAAAAUAUAGUUUCUUGGACAAUUUUGAUAUCUGGGUUCACAAAAAGGAAGCUUUUUUAUGAGGCUGUAGAAUUAUUUGGUGAAAUGGUGAGAAGUGGAUUACUGCCUAAUGAGGUUACUAUGUCUAGCAUUUUACCAGCAUUUGCUAAUCUGGGUCUCAAUUUGAUGGGUAAAUCAGUGCAUUGUUUCUGGAUUCGUUGCGGAUUUGGGCAUAAUGUUGUUGUUGAGACAUCUUUGGUUGAUAUGUAUUCUGGUUUUGGGUGCAUGAGUGUUGCUCAGAAUUUGUUCGAUGAAAUGCCUGUGAGAAAUCUUGUUUCUUGGAAUGUUAUUAUCACUGGUUAUGCUAACAAUAGGAUGGGUGAUGAUGCAUUGUAUUAUUUUAAUAUAAUGCGAAAGAAUGGGAUUUCUUUGGAUUAUUUUACCAUCAUGAGCUUGAUAUUGGCUUCUUCAGGACCUAAUCAUGGUAGAAGAAGUAUUGCGAUUCAUGGUUUUACCAUUAGAAUAGGAUAUAACAAAGAACGGAAAAUUCAAACCGCUCUUAUUGAUAUGUAUACGAAUGGUGAAUUCAUUGAUGAAGCUUAUGGUGUCUUUAAUGAAAUGAUUGUCAAAGAUUUGGUUGCUUGGACUCUGAUGUUGAAAGGGUUCUCAUCUAGUCAGUGCUGGAGCAAGGUCAUUGAACAUUUAAGUGAAAUGAUGAGUGUACAUUCUAUGUCUCUUGAUUCGACUGCUCUUGUAAGCAUGAUUUCGUGUUGUAGUUGUUCAGGAGCUUUACCAUUAGGCAGACUUCUUCAUGCAUUGGUAGUGAAACAAGGGUUCACCAAGGAUGUCUUUGUAGGAUCUGCAUUCAUAAGCAUGUAUGCAGAUUGUGGUGAUUUAGAUAGCGCGAGAAGGUACUUUAGCAAAAUGGAGAAAAAGGAUGUUACAUGUUGGAAUGCGAUGAUUAGAGCUAUGGGAGUGAAUGGGAAUGGAAGUGAAGCAAGUAGUCUCCUAUGGAAAAUGGAAGACUCCGGUUUCAAUCCAAAUGAAUCUACUUUUGUUUCCGUCUUGUCUGCGUGCAGUCAUGCUGGUAUGGUUGAUGAAGGUCUUCAGGUUUUCUAUCAUAUGGUUAAGAGAAGGGGUAUAGUUCCUAACUUGCAGCAUUAUGCUUGUCUAGUAGACUUGCUUGGCCGUUCAGGACUAGUAGAUGAGGCGCAUUUAGUGACAACUCGAAUGCCUUUGCAGCCACAUUCUGAGGUCUAUGGUGCUUUACUCAGUGCAUGUAGAGUCUAUGGUAACACUGAGGUCGGAGCUGAGAUUUACGAGCAACUACUCAAGCUAGAUGUCACAGAUGUUGGUCACUUGUGUUCUGUCUCAAACUUGUACUCUUCCAUGGGUGAUUGGAAGAGCAAGGAGAUCUCUCAAGUAAUACUAAAAUCUAAGGGAAGGAAGAAAGACCCUGGCUGCAGUUUAAUUGACAAAGAUAUGAGUUUGUCCUGAUAUGAAACAAAAGAUAUCACUAGGGAAUUUUAUGUAAUUGUGGAGAAAAAUACGAGUAAUUUAGACUUCCCAAAAAUUUAAGAGGCGUUUCAGAUAGUCUUGCUCUCUCCCAUUCUAAUUGUCAGAAAAGUGCAAAAUGUAAAACGAUAUCAACCCUAUCUAGUGCUCUUAAAGGCCAUCAACACCGUAACACUUUUUUCACCAUGAUGCUUUAGGGCCUAUGGGUGUGCAUACCUUAGGUACAAGUAUUAGCCACAAUCUUCUUC